GUGAGUUAUUUUAUUGAUAUUUCUUCACAAUAUAUGUUAGCUUUAGCUAUUUUUCAUUUCUGUAUGGUAUAUUAGUGGUGCGCAAUCGUAUUUCUAGUCGGUCUUAGAAGAAUAAAAAAUUCAAAAUGGCGGUAAAGGGCGGUUUGAUGACAAUCGCCAACGAGGAGAAUGAAGAAAGGUUCGGAUAUGUGUUUGCUGUGUCUGGUCCUGUGGUGACAGCGGAGAAGAUGUCCGGGUCAGCCAUGUACGAGUUGGUGCGCGUCGGCUACAACGAGUUGGUCGGAGAGAUCAUCCGUCUUGAGGGGGACAUGGCCACCAUUCAGGUGUACGAGGAGACGUCGGGCGUGACGGUGGGCGACCCCGUGCUCCGCACCGGCAAGCCGCUGUCGGUGGAGCUGGGCCCCGGCAUCCUGGGAUCCAUCUUUGACGGCAUCCAGCGCCCGCUCAAAGACAUCAACGAGCUCACGCAGUCCAUCUACAUCCCCAAGGGGGUCAACGUGCCGUGCCUGGCUCGGGAGAUCGACUGGGAGUUCAACCCGCUCAAUGUUAAGGUGGGCUCCCACAUCACCGGCGGGGACCUUUACGGCAUCGUGCACGAGAACACGCUCGUCAAACACAAGAUGCUGAUGCCUCCGCGGGCCAAGGGCACCGUCACCUACAUCGCGCCCUCCGGCAACUACAAAGUCACCGACAUCGUGCUGGAGACGGAGUUCGACGGGGAGAAGAACCAGUACAGCAUGUUGCAAGUGUGGCCCGUGCGCCAGCCGCGGCCCUGCACCGAGAAACUGCCCGCCAACCACCCGCUGCUCACGGGCCAGCGCGUGCUCGACUCGCUGUUCCCUUGCGUCCAGGGCGGUACCACUGCCAUCCCCGGGGCCUUCGGUUGCGGCAAGACUGUCAUCUCACAGGCACUGUCCAAGUACUCCAACUCUGACGUCAUCAUCUACGUCGGUUGCGGAGAGCGUGGUAACGAGAUGUCUGAAGUACUGCGGGACUUCCCCGAGCUGACGGUGGAGAUUGAGGGCGUGACAGAGUCCAUCAUGAAGCGUACCGCGUUGGUCGCCAACACGUCCAACAUGCCUGUAGCCGCCCGUGAGGCCUCCAUCUAUACCGGUAUUACCCUGUCGGAAUACUUCCGUGACAUGGGCUACAACGUGUCCAUGAUGGCCGACUCCACCUCCCGUUGGGCCGAGGCUCUUCGUGAGAUCUCGGGUCGUCUCGCCGAGAUGCCCGCCGACUCGGGUUACCCCGCCUACCUGGGGGCCCGAUUGGCCUCCUUCUACGAGAGAGCCGGUCGCGUCAAGUGCCUAGGAAACCCCGACCGAGAAGGUUCCGUAUCUAUCGUAGGCGCCGUGUCCCCGCCCGGUGGUGACUUCUCCGAUCCCGUCACCGCCGCCACGCUGGGUAUUGUGCAAGUGUUCUGGGGUCUCGACAAGAAGCUGGCUCAGAGGAAGCACUUCCCCUCCAUCAACUGGCUCAUCUCUUACAGCAAAUACAUGCGUGCCUUGGAUGACUUCUAUGAGAAGAACUACGCCGAAUUCGUACCUCUUAGGACUAAGGUUAAGGAGAUCCUGCAAGAGGAGGAAGAUCUGUCAGAAAUCGUGCAACUGGUCGGCAAGGCGUCGCUGGCCGAGACCGACAAGAUCACGCUCGAGGUCGCCAAGCUGUUAAAGGACGACUUCUUGCAGCAGAACAGUUACUCUGCCUACGAUCGCUUCUGCCCCUUCUACAAGACUGUGGGUAUGCUGAAGAACAUCAUUUCCUUCUACGACAUGUCUCGCCACGCCGUGGAGUCCACCGCGCAGUCCGACAACAAGGUCACGUGGAACGUCAUCCGCGAUGCCAUGAACAACGUGCUCUACCAGCUCUCCUCUAUGAAGUUCAAGGACCCCGUGAAAGAUGGAGAGGCCAAGAUCAGGGCGGACUUCGAUCAACUUCUUGAGGACAUGUCCGCCGCCUUCCGCAACCUAGAGGACUAAGCCCCCCUCCCGCGUAGCAGCCAUGUCUAUAUUAUUAUAGGAUUAGGUCGCACAAAGUAUCGAUGUGUCGAGAAUCGAUAUUUUGUUAUUUAUAGUCUUGAAAACACUUUACGUGGUUUGAAACUGUUUCCAGUAGCGUCUAUUUGAUCGUGUUCUGCGUUAUAAGCCUCUCAUGAACAAGUGCGGGAUUUCUGAUGGAAUAUUGACCGAUAAAUCCGCCUGUUUUGCUGACCGGUCGGAAUAUCGAUUCACAAUUUCCACGGCUAAAUGUAAAUACCUAAUUGAAAAUCUAGCGUCUAUAAUAAUGGCAUAAUUGCAAGACAUAUAAAAGAAGAGGACUUGAAAAUUCCGGUCGGAAUUCAACACUUGUAUCAGAGAGUCGACAAUAUAAUUAAAUUAAAAAAAUCAUAAUUAUUAAAUAUUGUUCGAAAGCUGACGUAUUUACAAUAAUUGUAAGCGUAGUGUAGUGACGAUUUUUAAAUAUGAUUAUUCCAUACUGUUACAAUUUCCGGGACGAGUGCCUACCCCCUGUGAAAUCUUUUGCGGGAUUUAUAUACUAGUGUCCCGAUUUAUAUCCCGCUUUCUGUAAAUAGAAAUGUUCACGCGGAGCCUCGACGUCCCGCGGAGCGGUCGUUAGUUAUUUAUAUUGAUUAUAUUAAAUAUUAUUUAUAUAUUAUUGUAAAAUACUAACAAAUCUAUUUUUUUUUGCCCAUUGUUUGUGUGAUUUUCAAAUAAUCGUGGUGCAUUCCAAGUUAUGUAUUAGAUGUUACAAAAAAGAGGUCGCGUCUUUAUAUUCUUCAACCGACUUCAAAGAAGGAGGUUCCUAAUUCGAUGCGUGUUUCAAUCUACGAUGUUGGCAUUUUCCGUAUAUUUUUGUUUGUUGUUUUAUCUUUUCGAUGUUCAGUAUUAUUUCGGACUCCGCUGCUAGCUGCGCCUAGUUGGUCGAGUGGACAAAAUAUAUUAUUCUACAAUAAAUUAUACCUGCCGUUUGAACUUGAUACGUGUUGAUAGGACGAAGUUAUAAAUAAAAUAUAAAUUUUAACA